UUUGGUUUUUUUGAUACCCUUAAUUAAAAAUAAACAAUUAAUUAUUAAACAAAAUAAUUGAACAAAUUUAGCAGAAAGAACAAAAAAACAAUUGACAAAAAUUUGUCAUAAAUUAAAUAUUUAAACACUUGGAGAAGUGUUAAUAGUACACAAUAAACAAUAUAUAAACCAAAUAGAAAAAAGUGGACAUAAUAGAUUACUUUGUUAUUAAACAAUAAAAAUUUCAUACUAAAACCAACAUAAAAAAUAAAACAUCAAAUACAUUUUCAUGCAAAAAAUCUCAUGUAAAAAAUGAAAAAUCAUAAACAUUAGGAGUGAGAAAGCGAAAAAAAAAACAAAUUAAAAACCGGAAAUGAAAACAAUUUCAAUUCAUAACAUAUACACAAAAAAAUAUAACAUUCUACACAAAUACUAUAUCAAAGACAAACAAGUGUUUGUUUUAGUGCGUGUUUAAAUAUUAAACAAUAGAUAAAAUUAAAAAAAAAAAAAAAACUAUAAAAAAUUUUAAGUGUUUAAUUAUACAUCAAUUGAAAAAUCUUAAAUUCAUCAUUUUACAAACAACGUUUAAAAACGCUAAUAUUUAUUUAAGAUCAAACAAUGAUGGACAGCUGAAACAGGAAACAAAUUAAAAGUAAAAGCUACAGUAAAGGCUACUUUAACUAUCAAACAGCCUUCUCAACAACCACACCAAAACAAAAAAGGAAAACAAGUUGUACUUAAUAAAAAUCCUUUUCAUUCUUAUCCAUCAUCACUAACAACAGCAACAAAAUAUUAAACCACAACAGUUGCAACAACUCAUCCAUCAGCAUUAUAACGUUGUUUCAUAUAUUUUGUUUUAUGUUUUUAUUGUUGUGUUUUAUUCUAUGCCAAAAUGGAUUGGACUCGUUGGCAAAAUACAUUUCUAUGGAUUGUAUUUAAAUCUGGGAGCAUAAUGUGGCUGCCUAUAUGAUUCUCACUACAUGAAUUAUAUUAAACCACAAAUAAAUUUCUUUAAAUAAAAUAUCAACAAAAUAUAUUAAAGAAAUUUUCAUAGCAACACCUACAUACACUUUCAAUGUAAUUUUGAUUUUUAGUUAAAAUCGUAAAUGUGCAAUAUACAUAAAUACCGUAACAAAUGUGCAAAAUAUUAAAAUAUGUUAAAGAAUUUAAACAAACUAAAUGUUCGUCUUAUCAAACUCAUCAUACAAGUCACUAAUUCAUAUUAGUAGUUGAGUAACAACGUAAAAAACAGCGAACUCAAAGUAAAUUGAAAAUACACAUAUUAAUAUAAAAAAUUAAUUUUAAGUUACAAAACAGCAACGAUCUUCCCCAAAAAAGCAACAAAAAGAAAACAACUUUUUUAUACUCUCAAGUCAAUAAAUCAUCUUAAAUAACCGAUAUAAACAAGAAAUUAUCAAACAUCUCUCUGUUUAUUACAUAACAUCACCAAAACUAUAAGCAUUUGUAUAAAAAUAUAUCAUUUUACAUACAUAAAUGCACAAUUAGCAAAAAGAUAAAAACGUACUAGCAGAAAGAGUGUAGUUUCAGUAACGUUAACAAACAACAAAGGGAAAGUAUUAAAAUCCACAACAAAAUAUCACAAUUACUUUAAACAACAAGAACAAACUUUACUUAAUAACAAAUAUCAAGCACAACUUUAACUUAAAACUCCAGAAGAAAAAACAAAAACAUCGUCAUGAUUUUAAGAAUAUUGUGAUUAAGGUGGAAAGUGAAACCUAAGCGAAAACGUUAAAUCAAGACGUAGAGGGGGAAGCAGUAAAAAGAAGAAGUCGUUGAGUGAGUUCUAGCAAAGUGAGUGAGAACGAAGGAAAGAGUGUAGGAAAACAAAAAAAUUAUCAUUUUGACUCAUUAAUCAUCGAAACGCACAACAAUAGUGAUUGCAUUCAAAGAAUCGCAAGCAGUAGCAAACGAAGAAGAAAUCGAAAGUCAAUACUAAAGGAACAAAACAAGGACAUAAAAAAUAUCCCAAGAAGAAAUAUCUACCCAGGCAUAUUCAAGCUGUAUUGGAGUUUUUCUGCAUUAUCAAAUAGUUACUAAAGUGGAAAGCACCUCACAAGUAUGUAGUUGUCUAUAUUUUGUUUUUAGUUUAAUUUUGUAAAUAUUAAGUAGAAUUUAUAACUGUUAUUAUAUGUGACAAAUUACUCUCGCAUACUAAAGAAACAAACACAUGCAUAAAGAAAUGUAUAUGUCUUGUAUUUUUGUAUAUAAUCCUAUUAUGUAUUCCAUUUAGAUAUAUACAUAUGUAUUAAUGUAUAUAGUUGUUAUGACAAAGUGUACGCUCAUGUACUUUUGAUUUGUCGUGCUACAGUGCGUAUGAUUAAUAUAAACAAUUUACUUUUUAUGAAAUUUUAUACUAAGGAACGAGCAAUGAUUAUAUUUUCUUUCGUUUGAGUAAGAAAAAAGCUUAUUAUGAAAUUAAUUUUUGAGAAUAAGAAAAUUAGGAGAGAGUCAUGUUUGAUAAAUAUUAAAGCAUAAGUUUUAUUUUUUGAAAUAUGAUGUACUCAUUUUUACAACCACUACCGAAAAAAUUGUAGCAUUUUUCAUUCCGUAUGAAAAUCAAAUUUUGUUUUUUUUUAAAUUUAUAAAGCUAUCAUGACAUGUCCUUACGUUCGUCUGUCUAUCCAGCCAGCCGAUCUUACUGUCGACCUAUCUUACUUUGCAUAUUUUUAUUGAUUCAAUAGCAGCUUUGUUAGGUUUUAUUAAAAGUAACAUCAUCUUUAUCAAAAGAAAAUAGAUGGAAUAAUCUAGACACAUGUAGAUGGGUCAAAUUAAUAGACAGCGAUUUUUAUUUUUAAAAGUAUCAGUUUGUUAAACAGAAUUAAAUUAAUCAAUGUAGUCUUUUUCCAAGAUUUUUCUAGUAACAUUGGUUAUGAAACACAUAUUAGCUAUCCAAUAAAAUUCGUUGUCUCUAUACCAUGCCUGUCUGUUCGUCGUCAAAUAAUAAGCAAAUGGGCAACCUAUAGGAUCCUUUGGUAAGCCCAUGGAGAAGAUGUGGUCUUUCAUAAAUACUCAUUAAAGGCAGUUGAGCUAUCUAAACUAGGCCCUAAAUUUAUUAAACUCACAUACUAUAUAUUUCUGAAAUAGAAACUAAUUUUAAAAUUAUAUAAUUCUUCACAUAACAAAGUAUAUAGUCUAUAUAACAAUGUAAAUAUAUAUACAUUGACGCAAAAGUUUAAUAACCUAACGCCCAUUUUCAUAAACCACAAUUUAUUUUAUAAAUUGUUUAUCAAACAACAUUUCCAUACAAAAUUUGAUUUGUAAACCCUUUAUAAAAUAAAUAUUUCUUAACGAAUAAUAGAAUAACAAACAUUAAAAUUUACAAAAAUUAUAUGUAUGUAUAUAGAUAUUUUAAUUAUGCUACGCAACACAUUUUACAUCUAUCGAAAGCAGUAAUAUACAAAUGUAAAUAUACAAAACUAACAAAACAAUAAUAAUUAAAACUUUGACGAAUAUAAUAUAAUAAAAAAACUAAACAAAUCUCAGAGGAGUUAAUAAACAAGUAAACAUAAAACUAUCAACAACAUUUAAAACAUUAUAAUUAAAUUAAAAAGUAGAAAAACUAAAUAAAAUAAUAACACAACAUUCCAAGUUAAAUAAUAAAUAAUAAUGACUGUCAUGUGAUUAACAAGCAUUUUUACUGGAUUAUAAAGAAUGAAAAUACUUCAUAAAAUGUGUGACAAAUUGCUUGAGUGUAACGUUUAUGGUAUGUCAGCGUCUGUGUAAUUAGAAGUGUGACAUGUAAAUCGCGUGCUCUAACAGUUGUGUUUAACAAAACGUUAAUUUUUGUAACAAUUUCAUGAUAAAGAUCAUUUAAUUGGUCAUAAUGUAAGAAAACAACAAUAAUAAUAUGUAUGAACAACAACAAAAGUGACCAAAACGAAAAUAAGUUGAACAUAAUUUUACAUAAAGAGUUAACCGGAAAAACCCCUAUGUAAUAAAUAGCUAUAAUACAGUGGGUCUAAAGGAAAAGAUUUAGUCUAUAAAUGAUAUACGAAUUUUAGAUGUCAGAGUAAGAUGCCUAAUAUUUAAUACUUAAUUAGGCACGAGGAAUAUAUUUACUUAUUUAGUUAUUUGACAUAAAUAUAUUCUGUAGGUCGAUUUAAUAACAAACUUGAUUAUUAAAAAAGAAGCUUAUCAUAUAAACCUUAAGGUCCGACAUCUAACAGGAUAAUUUUCCAGAUUUUGUAGUUCAAGAUACAUACUGACUAUUUCAAGUAACACGGCGUUCGUAUAUUCUUCAUAAAUAAUUUCAAUCAUAUUAAGCCCACUGUAAACAAAUGGAUAAAAAGGUCCUGCUAUUUAUUUUAAUAAAAAUAAAAAUAAAGCGUUAAUUUCAUAAUAACACGCGUACAACAAAAUCAACACGGGUCGGGUUACAACCAGACAAAAAACAAAACUUUAUAAUUAUAAACAAAAGUCCAUAACAAUUUAGCAAAAAACCACUCAAUUUACAAAAAAGUGAUGAAUUUUAAAACAUGAAUAAAGUUCACGCAAUAUAACGUGACUUUUGAAAAGAAGAACCCAAACAGCAAUAACAAAAAAUAAGAAAAAAAGUAUAGAAAUAUAAAAAAACACAUUUUAAUUAAGUGCUAUUGUUUGAUUUCAAAUGUAUAAGCCGGAACCAUUUAGUAGACGUGGUAGUUUAAGAUCCUUACGCAGUGCCCCUUUACUUAGCACCGUAUUAGAGAGUACACUAUCAUUAUCUCGUAUACAUCCGAUUACUUCAUUGGAAUUACCCGGUCUCGAUUACAUACAUACGGUACAAUCACAAUCGGCCUUACAGCAACAUCAUACCGAAUUAGGGACAUCAUUACGUAGUGGUAUUGCAACAGUGACCGCAGCCACAGCUGGUACCCAACCGCAAACAACAUUAAAAACACGCUUGGGAAUCCAGAGUUCAGUACGUGAAACUAAACGUAAUAAAGCACCACAACGGUAUGUAAAUGAUUGACAAAAAAAUUUGUAUAAAAAAAGAAACCAAAAAAAUUUAAAAUUAUUCUGAAAGUAUAAAAGUUUCUGUACAAAAACAACCUUAAAUUAUGUAUAGAGUACAUGGUCAAUUAAAUAGUAUUAUUCUGUGUUAAAUUUCUCGUCGAUCUGUUAGGGUGGGGGUAUUUUAAUAAUAUUAUUAUUUAAACACCUGACAUGUGAAACAUUUUACUAUGUUUUAAUUUGCAUAUAAUAUUUUUUCUGUAAAUUUUAAUAAAUCAUAAAAUUUUUUUAUUUGGUAUCUACUGUUUUUGCUUCAAUUUUUCUAUUAUUUAAGCUGCAUAUUAAACGAAUAUUUAUCAUAAUCAAACAAUUUACAAUUCAAAUGUCAUGCAAUGCAGUUUAUGCUAUAAAUUUAUAGUUUCUUUUAAAUACAUAAUUGUAUUAAUGUUUUAAAUUUUAAGGUUUAAAAGUUUAAGCAAAUAGUUUUUCAAUUGUAUAAAUAAAACAAAAAUUUUGCAUUUUUUGUAUUGGUGGCGUAUGCUUAAUAUUAAAUUUAACGACACAAAAUAACAUACACGUCUAGAUGAGUCGAUAGUUUUAAGUUUUGUUAAAAUUUGUUAUUCAUCAUAACUUUUACAUAAUAUUGUCGGAAAUUGCAUAAAUACAUAAAUUUCUUGAAUUUAAAAAAAAAAUAUGUAACUCAUCGAAUAAUUUUUUCGUAAAUUAAAAGCCAGUAUGUCAGCAGAUCGACUAUUCUGUAGAUUAAUACAAGGAUUAGUUUAGAGGCUUGUCAGAAUAAAAAUUAUAGACUAUUUUGGCUUUUGCCUAGACUAGUCUAAAACUUUAAUUGAUUAGUUCAUAGACUACAGAGGAUAGUCCAAUAAACAAGUUGGACAGAAUAAACUUGAGACUAGAACGUAGACUAGUCUAAAACAUGAUCAGCCGAGAGACUAGUCAAAUUCCACGGAAUAUUCUGAGAACUAGUCUUGAUACUAGUGCAUAUAAAAAGAAAAGUAGUCAAAGUCAAAUACUACCUCAUAGACCAGCUAAGAGAUUAGUCAAUAUACUAGUCACUGACAAGA